AUGCCUUCCGAUAGCUGGAUUUCGAGGCCGAUUUGGUCUUAUGAGAUCGAUGACAUCGUCGCACUAUGGCAUCUUUAUCGCAUUCCGAUUAUUCUUACGACGGCCACGAUCCUCAUACUCGUCAGGAUAACCCUUCGUCCGCGAACAGUGAGGGAGAAACUAUCUGCAUCGCCUUUGCCAUCAUCACCGGUUUUACCUGCGGUGAAAGAAAAGAUAUCACCACCUGUAAUUGACGAAAAGAAAGCCAAUGGCGUCAAAGCCCCACGAAGAAUAGUCGGAGGCAUUAAAAAACGCAAAUCUUCCGAGGAUAACCUGCAAACUGGCCCCGAAAAGAUUCAACCGCUCGUUUUCUUUUCAUCGUUGACUGGCACGACAGAAAAGACCGCAAAUUCUUUUGUGGAGAGCAUUAGAGGCGAUCUCUCUGGACGUGCAACUGGGCAAAAAAUUCAAUUUCUCGAAUCUCAACUGCUCGACCUCUCAUAUAUUGACUACGAUGACUACUUCAUUAACCCACCAAAGGGCGAAUCUGGAGUUAGCUACUUUUAUUUAGUACUCAUCCCCAGUUAUAAUAUCGAUACUGUGUUGGACAAUUUCCUGGAACAUUUACAAGAAACACAUAAUGAUUUUAGAAUCGAUACCGCGCCAUUGUCGCCCUUGGUAGGGUACUCAGUGUUUGGGUUUGGGGAUAGAGAGGGUUGGCCAACGGAGGAAGAAGGAUUCUGUUCGCAGGCUAAGGACGUGGAUAAAUGGUUAGCGAAAUUGACGGGAAGAAAGAGAGCAUUCCCUCUAGGAAUGGGCGAUGCGAAGACGGACGCAAAAGAAAGGUUGGCGGAAUGGAAAGAAGGAGUGGUAGACGUGCUGGAGCAUAUUGCAAAGACCGGUAGUCUAGGCGAAGGGGUUGUUGGAAGUGGAGAUGCGGUAGAAAGUGAUGUAGAGGAUAUUGAGGAUGACGAUGAUGGGGAAGUUCUUUUUGAUGAACAAAAUGUUGCUUCGAGAAAAGCCAAGACUCAAAAGAAAGAUGACAGUCUGAACGAUUUAGAGGAUAUUGGAGGCGUUCUGAACAAUACAGAAACCAUAGACAAAACUACUGGUGAAGAACCGGAAGAACUCGAGAUCGACUUCACGACAGUCGGAUUGAAGAAGGGGAAGGCCAAGACGGCUCCAGUCGUCGCUAAGGAAAUGGUUCCAACAACUUCACCUACAUAUGCAGCUUUAACAAAGCAAGGCUACUCAAUUAUAGGGUCGCACUCAGGAGUCAAGAUUUGUAGGUGGACGAAAUCGGCUUUGCGAGGCAGAGGUUCUUGUUAUAAAUAUUCAUUUUAUGGCAUUGCAUCUCAUCAAUGCAUGGAGACUACACCAUCAUUGUCAUGUUCUAACAAAUGUGUCUUCUGCUGGAGACACGGUACCAACCCCGUUGGAACCACCUGGAGAUGGAAGGUAGACCCACCAGAAAUGAUCUUCGACGGUGUCAAGGCUGGACACUACAAGAAAAUCAAGAUGAUGAGAGGUGUUCCUGGUGUCCGAGCCGAACGUUUUGCGGAAGCAAUGCGCAUUCGUCACUGUGCUCUAAGUUUAGUCGGCGAACCAAUUUUCUACCCUCAUAUCAAUGAGUUCACGAGCAUGCUCCACAAAGAACACAUUUCCACCUUCCUUGUUUGCAAUGCACAACAUCCAGAUCAACUCGCCACCCUUCAGCCCGUCACUCAACUCUACGUUAGUAUCGAUGCUUCAAACAAGGAUUCUCUGCGUAAAAUCGACAGACCCCUCCAUCGAGAUUUCUGGGAGCGUUUCCAGCGCUGUCUCGAAAUCCUCCGCGAGCGUCGCUUUGAACAGCGUACCGUGUUCCGUCUUACGCUCGUCAAAGGUUUCAAUAUCGAAGAUGAAGCGGAAGGUUAUGCCGAUCUUGUCGAAAAAGGAUUGCCUUGUUUCGUGGAAGUUAAAGGAGUCACAUAUUGCGGAACAUCGUCUUCCGCUGGUGCAGGGCUCACGAUGCAAAAUGUGCCAUUCUAUGAAGAGGUUUGCGCUUUUGUCGAAGCUCUUACUGCAUCCCUCAAGAGGAGAGGAUUAGGGUAUGGUAUUGCAGCAGAACAUGCUCACAGUUGUUGUAUCUUGAUCGCAUCUGACAGAUUCAACAUUGCGGGUAAAUGGCAUACGAGGAUUGACUACAAGAAGUUUUUCGAGUGCCUGGAGAGUGGAGAGAAGUUUGGCCCAGAGGAUUAUGUGGGUGCCGAGACUCCAGAAUGGGCAACUUGGGGACAGGGUGGAUUUGAUCCAAGGGAUGAGAGAGUAUAUAGGAAAGGAAAGAAUAAGGUUCCCUUGCCGGAAAGUCAAGGCAUGGUUAUGGGAGAGGUUCAAGAUGGUGGUGAGGAUAAGGUUGCUGAGAACAGCACCAAGGAUGAACUUGCUUUCUAGGUAAUAUCAAACAAUAAAUAUCGAUAUCAAGAAAGAUAAAGCCCAACCCAAUGUACCAUUAUUUUCUCACAUCAUUCAAUUACUACCUUUUUUCAAGACAAUCAUAUGCGCUUUAUCACAUCCCUUUCGAUAAUCAUUUAACUCCACACUAACAACCUCCAAAAUUCCUUCUGCUUCCAGUUUCUCAAUCUGAGCUUUGUAACCCCCCGAUUCCCAAACUUCCUCGAGAAUAGUAGCAAUAAUAAGACCACUUGGGACAAGUAUCCGAGUAAAUUCCCUCAACGCAGGAUCAGGACCAACAUGUCCAUGCGUAAAUGUCCCAGCACAAGUCACCAAAUCAUACGUUUCAUCCGGCACCUCAAUGGUCUGCAACAAGUCUCCUACGAACAGAUUGCGAUAACAGCCCGUUAGACGUGCUUGAGCAAGCAUAGCGGGCGAAAAAUCAAGGCCAUCAAUGUCUGUAGCACCGCUUUCUGCAAGCGCAACCCCCACAAGCCCGGUGCCACAUCCGGCAUCGAGAAUGCGGAGGGUUGCAUAGUGAGGAGAUUGACAGGCGAUUUGCGCGAUGAGGGUGGGGGCAACGUAGUUCUGGAGCGCGACGAUGUGGGUAUUGUAGGUGGAGGCCCAUUGGGCGUAGAAGGCUUGGAGGUCAGAGAGAGGGAGAUUACUGCGGACUUGGGCGAUGAGUUGGUUGGCUGGGAUCAUGGCUGGGUUGAUUUGGAGGUGGUGUUUGGAGCGCGGUGGAGAUGUGUUUUGAGACGGUGGGUGAAAGGGGAGAGGUGAUGUGGGGGUUGGAGAUGGCUUGUUUGGGGCUUGAUGAGGGAAUUGUGUUGAGAUACUGGGUAGG